AUGGAAAAUUCAGCGUUUUUGGAGAAAGAAAAAUUGCUCCAUUCUGAUGAGCCGACGUCAUCAAAUGAUCCCUCGGCCAUUAUUGGCGGAGAUCUUCGGAGAGUCUCUUCGUCAAGAUUUCAGGUGAGGAUUCGGGCAGUUUUAACAAUUCGUUCCUCUUUUUUUUGUUUGUAUGAUUAUUUCUUUCACUUUCAUUAUAUGCACUACAAUUUCAAAACUUUUUUUCAAAUAGCCCUUGAUAGCGUUCGAAAAAAUCCAUUUCCACUAAGAAUCUGCUCUCAAAUUUCACCUACGUAACAAAUAUAUAAACAAAAACUGAGAAGUUUCAAGCAAACAAAACAAAUUUCGUUAUUAUUGAAGUUUUUGGCCUUUUCUUGCUUUUUUUCAACAAACAUUCGUAUUUUUUUGAAUUUACAGCUUCUCAGAAUUUUCAGCGAAAUAUAAUACAACUCUCUAGAGAUGUUUUUUUUUUGAAGGGAAGGCUUAUUGUUUUGCCGGCGUCUUUUUCGCUGCCAACUUUCGAGUCUACCCUAGCAGAAAACUUCAAAUAUCCGUUUUAUUCCCGUAUUUUCAUGGGAAAUUAUUCCAACCGUUCAAAAGAGAAGAAUUUUUUGUUUUUGUUGCUAUUUUUGGUUUUUGUCGUUUUACGUUUUAUUUUGUUUCGACGCGUUCCAUCGUUUUGCUUUUGCCAAAAGUUUGGACAAGGACAUUUUUUGUUAGCUCCUUUUAAAACCGUUUUUCGAAAGUUUUACGUUUAAAAACCCGAUCAGGACUACUUUUUUUAAAUCUUAACACUUUUCAAAUAAAAAAAGUUUCAAAUUUAUAUUAUAAUUUUGAACCUUUUUUUUCUACUUUAAUCUUAGCUUUCUGUACUUCAUUUUUCUACUUUGUGGCCUUUUUAAUAUCUCAAUAGUCAAAAAAAUGAAGGUUUCUGGAAAAUUCAAAAAAAUAACUUUCGGAGAUAAUAUCGACCGUCGCCUAAAAUGGACUGUUCAUGUACAUUCAGUUUGCUUUUUCUGAUCUUACUAUUUGUUCAGUUUCCACACUAAUAGCAUUUUUUUCAAACUCGUUUCGGUUCGCCAAACUUUUAUCGAGUUUUACCUGCUUAUUCUGCUGUUUGAAUUCUUCUAUCCGCAGCUUCCCACAAUAUAUAUUUUUCUGAUACAUUUUUAAUGACUGCUUUUUGUAGAACCGUUUUUUUCAUUGCGACUAUAGAAGUCCGAGCUCCAGAUGAUUGAGUAUAUCUAAAAUUUCUCUCUCGACUUGAAUUUAAUUCCUACACGGGCAGACCAUUUUUAAGGCUAAAUCAAAGUCUUUACUACAUUCUAACUUUACUUUGUCUUUAUUACUUCCCUGAAGUUAAAAUUAAUUUUUUUAAACUUCAUUCAAAAAAUAAAUAUGUAAGUCAGCCCCUCCUUCCGGAAUAAUAGAGUUAUUCAGUUGCCGAUGUCAUACGUGGGCCAACACACCUGGCGCACCCUCACAAUCCAUUUUAAAAUACAAUUUUCAAAAUUUUUUUCAAUUUCGAUCAUUUACAGACCGUUUGAAAAAAAUUAGAAAAAUUUUUUCCUAUCAAGGAAAAAAAUUGUUCUUAUUUUUUUGCUUUACACCUAAAUUUCCUGAAAUUUUAAAUGAAAAAAGGCGCUUUUUCCGAUUUCAAGGCUUCAAUCGUAGCUAAAGAAAUAAAAGCGGUCAAGGUUUGGUCCAUGUAUUUCAUGUUCCUUGAUAACUUCUUCAAAGACUUGAAUCUUCAGGUCUCGCGAUUCCCAGAAGAAGAAUCGAAUCCGACGCCUUCUGUCCAUUCAGAAGAGCCGCUGUCGAGGUGUAAGAGCAGCAGCGAGCCGCCGGUGUUCCUGUCCCAUUCGGGCAGCGCUCCUGUUGUUCAGAGAAAAAUGAGCGCCACCGGCAGAUUUAUGGCAAGUUUUCAAGUCUAGUUUUGAAGAAAACGCGUAAACCUAACUGAUUUCGAUGAGAAAGCGGCAAAAAAAAAAUUUAAAUCUUUGAAAAGUCUUGAAUUUUUCAAGUUAUCAGGUUUAUAAUGAGUUUAGGUUUGAAUAUCAAAACGAUAAGGGGAGAUUCUUUUGUUUUUUUGUUUUUCGUUUUUUUUUAACAAAAGAAGGAUUUUAAUUAUUAGACCGACCAAUGAAUAGUUGAAGUCAGACAUCAUUCAAUAUUGAGAAAUAUGUGCUCCUCACUCAAAAAAAAGGUUCGUUAUUAAGGAAAAAAAAAGAAUAUGGUAAUUUUAAGAAAUUUUAAAGAAAAAAAAACAUAAUUUUGAGAAAGAAAUUUCUUAGAAAACGCUAUGCUAUCCUCCUUUGACAGAGUUUUUCCUCUCGAGCUUUUUCAUCUUUAUUGAAAAAAAUAUUCCGCCAAUUCCUGCUUAGAAAUCGAAUAUAUACGUUUAGCAAGUACAUUGUGAGAAAUUUAAUAGAAAAUCUCGUGACACGGCGCUAGAAUUCCUUCUUUCCCCCAAAAAAAAGCUUGCAGGUGGUCUCAGAAACGGCGAGCACGGCUUUGACGCAGAACAACUCGCAGACGGGUCUGGACGGCGAGCCGCGAUUGGAAACGGCGCGAAGCGUCGACGUGACAUCUUCAGAAGCCGUCGUGCCGACGACGGGCGUCGAACCUCCUCUCGCAGAGGCUCCAGAAGACCUCGAAGACAGCGUCACGGCUCCUUUGAACAGAUCUCGCGGGGUUCGUAUCGUCUGUGCUUUACAGAGACUUUGAAAAAAAAAACUUGUUUAGAGAUCGGGAAUUAAUUUUUCAGUCAUUGUAUGGUAAUGUUUAUGGUAGAUUUCAAAAAAAAAAUUUAUUUUUGGCGAAUAAUCAUUCAUUUUGUAUUAAUGGGUAUGGUUGUUAGUAGAUUUUGAAAUUACCCUGCGAAAAGUGAACUUUUAAAAAGAUAAGCGGCGUAAAAAACUAUUAUAGUUUGGUAAAUUUCGAAGAGUUCUUUUUUUUUUGGAAUUUAAGAAUUCAGACUAGAUAUGUUUCAGUUUUCCCUGAAGACGAAUGAAAGUUUCUUGUCAGAAAUCAACUUUCAUAAAAGAGCAAAUAUAAGUUUUCUUUUUGACAAAGCUGAAGGGGCAUCAUGGAGAAAUAGUUAAGGUAAAUAUUUCCAGCCCUUUUGUUUUUCUUCAUCUUCGAGAGCUACAAACUUCUGUGCACCUCCAAAAUGAUAGCUCGUUAGCCUUUCUGGGAAAUUCUCAGUAUUUUUUGUGCUUUCAGUCCGUCUCCUAGUUAAUUUCCGGCUGUUCUCCUUUAAUCGAAUCAAAAAGAGAGUAGAAAGAGUUCGAAUUGAGUUACUUUUCCUUUCAAGAGUUCAAACUUCAGAGUUUUUUUUUACUUGAGUUUCACCUGCUCCGGCUGCAGAAAAAGCGUUUUCUAAUCACAUGAUUCUCUUUUUUUCCUAAUAAGAAAGCAGUUUUCUAAUUUGUAGUAAUUGUCACGAGCAAUUAUGAUUUUGUGAGAGGCAGUAACUUUUUAAGUCUUAUUUCGUAAUUGUUCUCCAGAAUUUUGCAUUUCCUCACUGCAUAAAAGAUUAGCGUAACUUUCAUGAAAAGUAGGAAAAAAAAAUUUUAUUAAGGGAUAAUCAAGAUUUGGUUAUAAGUUGCGACUUUAGCAUGCUUUCCAGUUUUUGCUGUCAAUUCAUUUCCUCUAUUUUUUGGUUUCUUUUUUUGGCUUGAAAAGCGCAAAUGUUUCGCAUCUGCUCUGUAAAAACCAGCCGGAGAGUUUUUUUUUAAAUAGAAACGAGUCCUUAUUUAUUUUUAUGAAAUUGCUCUUUGAUGUCGUUUCAAUUUCUUCAUACGGAAAAACUUUGAUUUCGUUUUAUGAGUUUUUCUUUGAAUUUUUAGAUAAGUGCAAGGGUAUGAAGAUUUUUUGAAGCCCUGCAAUGAGCUUAGGAAGUUUUGAAAAUCAUUAAAAAGCUUUUCUAUGCGAUUCCUUCAUCAUAUCUUGCAUUUUUUCUCUUUCACCUACCUGAGCAACUUUUUUUUUCCAGUUUGUUCAUUUCAGGUCCAUUUCUCUGUUGGAGACCGCGAAGCCUUUGACGCAUCGAUGAAUGGGCAAACCGCCAAACGGGAGUACUCUCAAGAAAAUAAUGCCACCCUCAACAUGAAAAGUUGGAGGUCUGAUUUAUUCCAUACUGAAUUCGCGCGAACUUUUCACUUUAAAAAAAAGUAGAAAAAACUAAAGUAUACAGAGCUUUUUUUGUGCUUCGCUUCAAGACCUGCACGUUUUUAAACCUUUGCUUUAAGGUCUUUAAGUUCCCACGCCUUAGUUUAUAUCAAUUCAAACUAUUCAUAUUCGAAAAAUCCAGAAAUAUGCGGACGAUCGAGCACCCGCCCAUCAUCGACUUCUACCGUAACUCGGUCGACACAGACGCAAUCGUCGUGAGACCUUCGAUGGCCCAACUCAUUCACGGCGACUCGGCCAUGAUUCCCGAAGAGGAGAUCAACUUUGAUGAUCUCGAUGUUCGUUUGGAGUUUUAACAAAGUUAAAAAGAAAUAAUUUUUCUCUUUUCAUUCUGGAGUUCAAGUAAAUUUACCGACCGAAUUUUUUUUCUAGCGUCCUUGUGCUUCUCGAGAGGAGAAAUUCAAAAGGUUUAAUUUAUAAAAAAAGAAGAAAAAUUUUUUUGAUAUUUAGAGCCUUUCCACUAAAAAAAAAAUUCGAAAAUUUCUUUUGAUAAGUUUUUAGUAACAAAUGGAUAAUGAGUCUAUUUAUGCAGCCCUAGCACUUCACCUCAAAAGUUUAUAUCGAAACAAACUUUAAAAAACACUCUAAAUAGUUCCGGUACAAAAUAAUUUCAGAUCAAAACGUAAUUAACGUUUCAAUGGAACUUUUUAGCCGAGUUCUUGUUUUUGAUUAUAUUCAUGUGUUUGUCUAGUGGAAUGAUAUCAUGAGGCCGACAAUUUAGUUUGAAAACAGAAACACCUGCUUACUUACUCACGUAAUUUUUUUUGGGAGAAGGACAUAAAAUGAUAUUACUUAAGUUUGGAGGAGAAAAAUAGGCUUGGAAGUUUAAGCUCAAAAAAAGAAAAAUAAUUUUCAAAAAUAUUCGGCUUCAAGGAAUUGAAAAGUUGUGUAAAGAUCAGCUUCAAGGAUCCCUGAGAAAAUCGAAUUCAUAUUUUUAUCGAAAUCAUGCGAAGUUGACAGUUAAUUUUUGGUUUCGUUUUUGAGAUUUAUUUUUAAAAGACGCUCUUAAUUAGUUUGAAAAAAAAAUUUGAUUUAAUUUUUUUUAAUAUUCGAAGUGAGUGACUUUCUAUAUCACUCGGAUCACCGGAGAUUACAUUUUUGAACUGAAAUUUGCUGUAUUUUCGAAGUUUAUUUUUCUACUUCUCAAAAACUCUACUUUUUAGCCAUACGGUUUAUCACACUGAAUAUAUUUUUUCUGCUUUUUUUACUUGCAAUUAUAUUAAACCGCUUCGAUCCCUCCUCUAAAGUCACUGGAACCUUUUCCAGUUCCACAAUCACGAGCUGGCCAACGUGCAGAUAAUCAAAGGAGUCAUUGGCGACGGCGCAAGUGAAGAUGAACGGAAAACGCCGCGAGUUGAGAAGUUUGCGCCCCCACAGCCGCAGGUAGUCAUGAUAAUAUUAUUGAUAAUUUGUUGAAUAAUUUCUUCAGCAGGCACGGGUUAAGUUUGGAUGGGUACAGGGCGUUUUCGUCCGGUGUAUCUUGAACAUUUUUUUGGCGUGAUGCUCUAUCUUCGGCUCAGUUGGGUCGCUGGACAGGCUGGAAUCGGUUUUUUUUUUUGGACUUGUUCAAUUAGAGAAAAAAUUCUUUUUUUAAUGAAUAAAUUGAAAUUUAAAUCAUUAAGUUUUUGCCCACGAAACUUUAAAAAAAAGUCUGUAGGAUAGUAUAUUUUCUGUUAUUUUUCUCUUCUGAAGAUAUCACAGCACAAUUUCCAGGAGCGUAGGGAGCAUGGAGUUAAAAAAUAAGCUUCAAAUUUGGAGGGAAUUUGUUAAAAAGCACUAUAUAUAAAUUUGGCCACCUAUCGAAAAACUAGAAAUCAUACCUUUUCCAGGACUCGGGUGCAUGAUUGUCUUGUUGGCCUCGGUGGUCACCACCGUCACGGCCUUGUCGACUUGCGCCAUUUGCACGAAUGGUGACGUCAAAGGGGGCGGGGCCUACUUCUUGGUAAUCAUUCUCAUCGUUCCAAAUUGAUCAGUUAACUACAGAUCUCCCGAUCUCUGGGACCUGAAUUCGGCGGCUCAAUAGGCAUCAUUUUCUCGGUGGCGAAUGCUGUCGGAGCGGCGAUGUACGUCGUCGGAUUCGCAGAAACUGUCCGAGAUGUCCUUCUGGAGUACGGCUUCACGAUCAUCGACGGCGCCGAGUGGGACGUCCGAAUCAUUGGCUUUGGUCCGUUUUUUUUUUUCAAACGGUUUUAGAUUUUCUGAAAAGAAGAAGUCGUCAAAAUCUUGACUCAACGGAAAUUCAAACUCUCGGAAUCUUGUCAAUGAUUUCUAGCGCUUUAAUGAACAUUGCAGUUUAUGAAACAGUUUGAAUUUUUUUAAUUUAAAAUUAGUUUCUCAAUAAUUUUCCAUAAAAAGAUUUUUUUAAAAAAAUUCAAAAAAAUCAGGUUUUUUUACGUUUUUCCGUGUUCCAUGAAGCCGUUUUUGGGUUUUUUUGUAAAAAAAUAAAUCCCUUUAUAUAAAUACUUUUUUUCGGCUUUUUUUUCUCUUCCCAAUGAAUAUGACUUUGCUAUUGAAAACUUUUUUACGAUCAAAAAUUUCUGAUUCAAGUGUUGUUCUGCAAAUCUCUUCCGUGCAACCCUGAACCGUAAGCUUAGACUUGAUCAAAGCUGUUUUCACUUCAUUUUUUGAACGACCCUCUUUAAUUUUCAGCAACGGCCCUGGUGUUGAUGGCGGUGGUGUUCAUCGGGACGGAGUUCGAGUCAAAGAUGCAGAUGGGACUUCUCUGCAUUCUGCUGCUUUCCAUCGCCAACUACGUCGUCGGCUCUUUCCUGCCGCCCAACGAGAUGAUGAUGCGACGAGGCGUCACCGGAUACAGCUGUUGGUUCUCCCGUCUUCGCCCAUCUCCAGUUUCCAUGACGUCCUCUUUUUCAGGGAGUACCGCCACUGAGAACUUCUUCCCGGCUUUCCGCGACGGCGAGGACUUCUUCUCCGUCUUCGCCGUCUACUUCCCGGCGGCGACCGGAAUCAUGGCUGGCGCGAACAUCAGUGGCGAUUUGGCUGAUCCACAGGUAUCCGGUUCUUGUAGUCCAAUCGAAGUAUCUUUGAUUGCUUAUAGUGAUCAUGAAAUUUGGAAAAGGUAGGAAUAUAUCUGCUGUGUAGUUAGUUUAGAAAGGUCUUCUGAGAAGUUCAAAGUAUACUGUGAAAUACUUUGUCGUUACGUGAACUGUGCUCUUUAUUCUCUAAAUUCAGAAAUAAGUUGAAAAAAAUAGGGAUAAAAAUUAAUUCAGCGGGCAAUACCUAUCGGAACCCUUCUUGCUAUAGUGGUGACGACUAUCGUUUACCUGGUAACCGUUUUGAUGACUGGCAGCACCUGUGUUCGGUAUUAUUCUUGUCCUGAAACCGAGAAAAGAUCGAAAAUGUUCAGCGACGCCGACGGAGUCAGUUAUCCUAUCUUCAACCUGACUUCCUAUGUGCCGCCGGAUUGCGUGGACUCCGAAGAAGGAUGCAAGUACGGUCUCAUGAACUACUUCCAGGUCUUUUUGUUGUUUUCCUCAUGAAAAGCCGGAUUGUACAGGUAAUGGAAAUGGAAUCACUCUGGGGACCACUUAUCACGGCUGGCAUUUUUGCGGCGACUUUAAGCUCCGCCCUCGCCAGUCUUGUCAGCGCGCCGAAAGUUUUUCAGGUGGGAGAGAAGUUCUGAAAGAGAAAAAGAAAGAAAAAACAAGGAAAAAUAUUCUUUCCAUUUUUUAUCUAUUUUUGCCAUUUUUCAGGCCGUAUGCAAGGACCGACUCUUCCCGGGAACGUCUUACUUCGCCAAGGUCUAUGGAAAGAACGAAGAGCCCAGGAGAGCCUACCUCCUGGGGUUUGUCAUCGCCUUUUCGAUGAUUGCCAUUGGUUGGGCAAGAAAUAAUGAUCGGAAUGAUGUUCUUGGACAGGGGACCUGAACGCGAUCGCCCCGAUCAUCUCCAACUUCUUCCUAGCCUCUUACACUCUCAUCAACUACGCUUGCUUCGACCAGUCGUUCGCCGACUCGCCUGGUUCUUUUUCAAUUGUUUUUCUCGCCGAUGAAAGGCAUUGCAGUGUCGUUCAAAAGUCUCACAGCUUAAAAAGAAUAGGUGAAACUGGAAACCUUAAAAUAUCAUUUUUUUUUUUUUCAUGCAACAGAUAAUUUUCUGCUUGAUUUGAUUUUUGAAAUGAGGCUGUUAAUAAAAUUUCAAAUUUUGAGAAUGAACUUUAACAAAACUUUUUGAAAUAUGGAGAAACCAAAUUUAACUUAAUCUCUUUUUUUUCUCAUUUAUACAACAAGAAAAAUUAUUUGAUACUUAUUGACUUUUUGAAAAUUCUUCUUAUCUCUUUAAAUACUACCAAUAUUAGGAACGAUCUAUUUUUCCAGUUUUGAACUUGCUUGUUACGAUUCCGAGGAAAAAUUUGAUAAAUUUCGUUGCUACUUAUAAUCCAGCUGAAUCCAUUCAUGUUGACAUCGCCUUUUUUUCAGUUUUGACUUGAAACAGCCCAUUUUUUCGGCUUCAAGAACUUGUAGGGAUUUUCGAACCUCAGGUUUCCGCCCCGGAUUCAAAUACUACAACAUGUGGGUCUCGCUGGCUGGGUCCAUCCUCUGUAUCGUCGUCAUGUUCGUCAUGAGCUGGUCCACGGCUCUGAUCACGUUUUUCUGCUUCGGAGCUCUUUUCAUGUACAUCUUCCAUAGGAAACCUGGUUUGAAUUCUCCUGAUAGAAUUGCCAAGAAAGACCUGAGUUUCAGACGUCAAUUGGGGCUCUUCCACACAGGCACAUAGUUAUAAGAACGCCCUAUCUGGAAUGAUCAAGCUGUCCAACACCGAAGAGCACGUCAAGAAUUAUAGGUUUAAUUGAGACGUUUUGAUGAAGGAAGAUAAGAUCCUUUCAGGCCACAAUUUCUGGUUCUGACUGGAAAUCCGACCGCCCGAUCUGCCUUGGUCGACUUUGCUUAUAAUAUUUGUAAAGGAACCUCGAUGAUGGUCUGCGGAUAUGUAGUUCCGGUGUGUUUUUGUGUCAACAAUCUUUUUUAAUUAGAAUAAGGAAUUUAAGAAUUUUUGGUACAUCGAUGAGUAUUCUGGCCAAUUUUCAGGAAACUCCUAACCAAAAAAGGAAAAGGACCUACCUUUUCAGCGCUUUUUUUUUGUCAAAACUUUCAAAUUUCAAUAUUAAUUCAUUCUAUGAUUCUUUCAUAUUAUUUGGCAUCGUGUGAGUUUUCAGUACGAGCCGUCGGAUCGGAUAUUCUCGCUUUGCCGUCGAUUCGAACGUCAGUGCAACGAGUGGCUUCGGAAACGCCGAGUCAAGGCUUUUUAUACUUCGGUGGCUUGUCCCAGUUUACGAGCCGGCACUAGAGGUUUAUUGCAGGUGGACCUAAACCUGAAAAACGAUUAUUCCAUGAUUUUUCUUCCAGUUGAGCGGACUUGGAAAGCUGAGGCCGAACAUUGUUUUGAUGGGGUUCAAGUCGAAUUGGUGUCGGACCGACGGAGAAGGGAAUUCGCCCAGCGAGACGCAGUUGGCUGAGAUCAACGAUUACUUCGGGACCAUACAGUUGCGACCUCGAGCAUUUCGUAAUCCUUAGGAACGCCAGAGUAGUCCCUGUAGGGAAACCCUUACAGACCCUUGAAGGUUCUACUCUAGGGACCUUUUUAGCUCCCCUUAUAAGGGCUUCUAUAGGGCAACUUCAUAGGGAGCACUAUUCCGUCUCCAUAACGAGCUUUUUUUCCCUAACUGCUAUAGGGAACACUCAAACUACACUAGUUAUGGAAAAAAAAACCCUUACUUGAGCCUUUGAAGCUUCAUAACUCAAAAAUGAUCUAUUGGGAGAUAUUUUUCCUUGUCGGAUCAGAAGAGACUUUAGGUUCUUCUCAGCCAAGCUACAUUAAAGGUUCAACCUGAAUAUGAAAUAAAUUUUCCUAUAAAGCACCAUAAUUGAAGCGAUUACGGUCAAAUAGCAGUUCCCAUAAAUUUCUAAAUUUUCCAGAGACGCUUUCGACUGCAACAUGGGCGUUUGCGUUCUGCGAAAUUCGAGGAGCGGCUUGGACUUUAGCGAAUUGAUGCAACAACUCAAUGUCGACACCAAUAAUCUGUUCCCGUCGGUCAAUAGAUCAGGAGGAGCGAGUUCUGGGUUGGAGAUAAGAAGUAGAUUCAGUUCUGACUCUAAAAUCAACAGAAGUAGCACGUUCCGGUCGGUGAAGACCAACGAGGAGGACGGGAACAACAACGAGGAGCUGGAGAAGCUCAAGGAGGCCAAGGAGGGCGAAGAGAAAGAUCAUCAGGACGUCGAGGAAGACAUGUGUUCGUGGCUCUUUUUAGUUUAAAAAAAAUGAGGCGGAAAAAUGGAGUUAACAAAGGCUUUGAAAUAGGAUAAUGGAGCUGGAAAGGAAGAACAUACAUUUAUUUAAAAAAAUUACAACGUUUUUUUGAAAAAUAAGGCCUCGAAAUCGUUAGGUAAACAUUUUUUUGGCGCUUUAGAAAAAAAGCUGACUUUGUUUUUUUGAGAAAAAAAUAGAAUUAUGUGAAAAGUCAGAGGAUUUCAGAAAAGAAAAAGCCCAAAAAACGUGAAUUCUUCAUAAAAAAUUUUACGCGUGAGCUUUUUAGAUGUGCGAAUUAGGAAAUAAGUUAUUAUCUGUAAAUUUUUGUUUUUCCGAAGACGUGAGCUUGGUUAUGAAGAAAGUUACAGCAACUUUCAAAAUUGUGUAGAAGCUUUCUAUUGGGAAAAGUUUCACGGUUCUCUGAUUCUCAGCUUUUUGGUCCAAAAGUUUAACAAAGCUUUUGGGAAUCGAAAAGAAAUUUGUCAUGCAGUUAACUUAGAGCCGUUCAAGAUUUCAAAAUCAAUAAAAAAAAAUUCGAAAAAUGAUGAUUUCAAGUUCAAAGUCGUUCAAUUAUUUUUGAAACUUUUCCUCCAAAUUUCCUUGUUUUCAGCCAACAAAUCGCUGCUCGAAGCUUUCAUGGGUCUCUAUGACGACGACGAUGACGUCACGAAUGAGGAAGAUGAACAGAAGGAAGAGGUUUUUUGAAUUUAUGCCAAAAAAGAAAUAUUUUUCGAACAUUUUCAGUCUCCCGCCGAAAAAGACGUCGAGAAGAAAGCUGCCGACAACCGCAAAAAUCACACUUUUUCACUACGUCGUAGAAAGUUAGUUUCUUCUGAUGAAUCCGUGAUUUUCCAUGGAAUUUUUGAACUAUUAAUGUUCCCAUGUCAGAAUAUUCAAGCGAUAUCGCGCCUCCGAAGAGUCUGAGUCAGUUUUUGUGUGAUUAUCUCGAUGUUGUGAUGGUGUAAUUUUCCAAUUUCUUUUCAAUCUUUUCUCUAAAUUUUAUUCCAAACUAUUCGUGAUUGUUGAGCUUCUCCUGCUUUUCCAAUAAGUCCAGUGGCUUUUCGAAGUUUUUUCAAGCUCUCAAAAUUUGUAUAUGAUUUGAGAUUUUAGUUCCCGACGUGCGACAGUUGAACAGAAAGCCCUGAUCGCAUCAAUGUCUCGAUUUCAGAGAAAAGUUAAAAAGGUUGAAAUAAAAUAAAAACCAUUCUUAUAUGAAUUGCAAUUUUAGGGAGUUAUCGACGUGUGGUGGCUUUAUGAUGAUGGCGGCUUGACUUUUGUUGAUCCCGCAUUUGUUGACAAUUCCGAAAAAGUUAUUUGGAGGUAAAAUAUAUAUUUUAUUAUGAAAAUUUUCUAAUUUUUUUAUAGUUUAAAGACCUCUCUCGAAUUUCCUAAUAAUUUUAUAAGGUUUCAUUCUAAAAAACAGCUGAUUAAAACAUUUCGAAAGUUCACGACUAUUUUUUUCGGUCAUAAUUUUUUGCUUCAACUGCUUUAUUUUUGGUUUUUUUUUUCGUGAAAUAACCCUGUAUGAAAGGUAUGGAAGGUCCAAAACAUAAAAUAUUCACAAAUGAUGAUUUCUCAAAAGAGAUAAUUUCUGUAGGGAGCCCGUUUGCGAGUGUUCACCAUCUCGAUCAGCUCGAGGACGAUGGAGCAGGAGCAGCGUGGAAUGGCGGCUCUGCUCUCCAAGUUCCGCAUCGACUUCAGCGAUGUCGCCGUCAUCGCGGACCUCGGUCGCAAGCCCAAACCAGAGACGUAGUUUCAACCCGAAAUGACAGAAAGUGAAAGAUUUUUCCAGCGUCUCCGAGUGGGAAACAGCCAUCGCUCCUUUCGUUUGGACUAAGGACGAAGGAAACGGAGUUUGUCCGCCCGGCAUGAUCACUACGUUUGUUUUUUUUAAUCAAAAAAGCAAAGUUUUGAUUAUAAGUCUAUUGGGAAUACAAGAAACAUUGAGAGAAAAACUUUGAAUUCUGUUUUCGAAGAUUCUUUGGAUCGAAAUUUUCGAAAUCGCAGAUCAUUUUUGAACUCCCUAUACACCAUAUCAAAACAUGGCGGAUUUAAUCUUCAUCCUCGAAAAAGGGAAAAAAUAAGAACUUUUAAAACUUUAGAAUUUUUCAAUGGAAAAGUAGGGAUUUUAUGAUUUAUAACGAUUGUGAGAAGACUUUAUCUGAACAUUUUCGAGAUAAUCAGUUUAUGAUUCCAGAAGUGAACUCCUGGCGCAAAAAGAGAAAACGUGGCGACAAUUACGAGCCUGCGAACUCCUGAAACAUCACUCCAGCCAAGCUGAUCUCAUUGUGAUGUGAGUUGAAAGAAAAAAUCUGUGUGAAAAAAUAGAUAUGAACUAUCUGAAUCUCGUUUUUUUGCACGCUAAUGGGUCGUUCAUCUAGAAAAUAGUUAUAUUAGAACCCUGUCUCGAGUCGUCAGUGAAUGCAUUUUUGCUUUGUGGUUCUGAUAAAUGCGUAUGUCAGAAAAAGUUGACAACUAGAAGGAAUGAGGCAAUUAGCGACAUACAUAACUGGGUUAUAAAAUAUAUUAAAGUUGAAUUUUUCCCGCGACCCGGAACUCUAUUUUGGCUUGUAAAAGUGUCCGCGCAAGUAGUUUUUUGUCAAUUGCGCGAAAAAAGUAAGUGUCCUUUGGAAUUCAGUCGGUUUGGUACCUAUAAAAAGUUAAUUCACGGUUUUUUUUAAUGGAAAGCUGCGAAAAGGACACAAAAAAUAAUAGAGAAAGGAUUGUUCUGCAGGACUUUACCGGUACCUCGGAAAGGAUUGGUGAGUGCGGCGUUGUACCUUUCUUGGCUCGACAUGAUGACCCGCGGACUUCCGCCGACUUUGCUCGUCCGUGGAAAUCAACAGUCCGUCCUCACCUUCUACUCUUAA